AUGGCAAUUAAACCAAGAACAAAGGGCAAGGCGUAUUCGCCGAAAUCGACGGGGUCUCAAUGGUUUAAUAGAAUUGGUUUCAAGCAGAACAAAUAUGGCACUUGUAAAUUUCUAUCAAUCAUAACGACCUUCGUUUGCAUUCUUUACUUCUUCUCCAGCCGAUUCUAUCCAAUGUCUCGUUCCAUGAGUGUAUCCCAUCCUCCAUCUCAUGGACUCUAUAUUAACGAAAUUCCUGCUUCCAGCCGAUUGAUCUUCCCACAUGUAGAGCAUUUACCUGUAUUGAAGCAAAUUACUGUAAAGGGGCUUUACAAUACAAGACUGGAAGUGGACGGUACCAAGAGGUUGGUUUUAAAAGCCGAAGAGAAUGCCUUAACCGAUGAAGAGAAAAAAAAGACCACAGAUCAAGUUCUACUGGUAAAGCGCUCUUUCUUGGACCACGGUAAAUUGGUAUACCGUAAAACCAACGAUGCUCCGAAAGUGGUUGUGGUCACAUUGAUAGAUUUCGAAAACUACGAUAUGGAAACCGUUAUUCGAAUUGUUCAAAAUAGAGUCGAUUAUGCUCAAAAGCACCAAUACGGUGUUUACGUCCGUUGGAUACAGGAAUUUUUGCCCGUUUUGGAGAACCAAAAUUUGGAUCAAAGCUAUGACUUCGUUAAGCCAUUGAUGAUAAGAGCUGCCAUGCAUGCUUUCCCAACUGCCAAAUACAUUCAUUUUGUUGAUCAAGAUGCACUAUUGAUGAACCUUGACCUUUCUUUACAAAAAUACCUAUUGGAUCCUAAGAUUCUGGAUCUGGCUUUACUAAGAAACGUUCCAGUCGUGGCUAACUCAAACAUCAAAACGUAUAAUCAUUUUGAUUUGAAUUCAGCCAAGAUCAUUAUUCCCCAUGAUACAGAUGGUAAUAUCGAUACAUAUUCCUUCGUCGUUGCUAAUGACUUCCAUGGCCAAGCUCUGGUAGACUAUUUGAAUGAUCCACUGCUAAGAAAUUUUCCAUGGGAAACUAAAGGUGAUAAAUUUGGUUAUGCUAUUGGUCACCUUUUACAAUGGCAUCCUACCUUACUGGGCAAGACAGCAAUUGUUAUACCAAAGGUCUUAGCAAGUCAACACGAUGCUUCUUUGGAUUCAGAAGGCGAGGCAGGAAACGGUGCUUCCAGCGGCGACGCGUACCAUUACAAUGAAGGUGAUUUGGCCGCUUCCUUCAAGGGCUGUAGGUCAAGAGGUACAUGUGCCAGCGAGAUAAGAAACAUGUACGAGAAAAUUAAGAAAUCCUGA